UACCUGACUGCCAACGAAGCUGUCCUACAACCAGCAUAAAACAACGAAGCUGGCCAAUUGAAUUCCCAAAGGCGAGUGUCAUCAUACACUUCUACUCCAAUCUAUAUACUCUUUCUUUCUCUCUCACUCACUCAUACACAGAGCCAACCCACUUUCUUUCGCUUUUCCUUCUCCACUAACUCAAAAAGCCUCUCCACCCUUUUGCUUUUCGCGUUUUUGGAUUGUUGUAGAUCCACAAAGAUAAAGAAGAUGAUCCAAGAACUGUUGGGUGGUGCUGGCCUCAUAGCAGGAGAAAGAAAACCCUCCAUUAAUGGAGGAGGAGGAGGAGUUCACCUCUCAACUACACCACCCCCCUCUUCCACAGCCAAUAAUGUUACCCUCACAUCCACCACAACAACCACCACCACUACUACUACCACCUCAUCGGAAAACCAAAACCUGAGGUGCCCGCGAUGCGAUUCAUCCAACACCAAGUUCUGCUACUACAACAACUACAACCUCACUCAGCCGCGGCACUUCUGCAAGACGUGCCGCCGCUACUGGACCAAAGGCGGCGCUCUCCGAAACGUCCCCAUCGGCGGCGGCUGCCGGAAAAACAAGAACAUCGGAGUGUCGAACUCGGUGGCGAAGACAGCCUCAACCAAGAUGAAAACCGUUGCAUCUGAGCUUGGAAAAUCACCAGGCUUCGGUGGAUUCGAAGUGGAACAUGAAAUUCCACCACCAAGCCAAAUCCUUUGGGGUUCCCCGCAAAACACUCACCUUCUGGCUUUGCUGAGAGCUACACACAAUCCAAACCCUAACCCUAACCCUAGUCCCAUGUCCGUUAAGGAAGAAGGGAACCUAAUGGGGCACAUGGUGAGCACUGAGCCCUUGGUUUCAAAUGCGUUGCUGAAUCACCGAACCUUAGGGUAUGACGCGGUUGCGCAAGUUCCUUCGCUCGGUCUCUUUGGGAGAAACAAUCAAGAUCAUGGGGGCUUCCUACAUGGGGAACAUCACAACAGUGGAAUUCAAGAGCUUUACCAGAAGUUAAGGUCAUCAUCGGUUAAUAAUUAUUGCAGUGACAAUUCGUCGCAAGUGUUUAUGGGGAACAUGGCUUCUAACUAUUCCUCUUCUUUGUCCAACAACAUUUUGGAGACAACUUCGGUUGCUGGGGGUGAAUUCGGAUACUGGAAUAAUGGUCCAACCUUUUCUUGGUCUGAUCUUCCAACCACGAAUGGCGCUGGUGCAUAUCCGUAACAGAAAUAACUGUUUUUCUCUCUAUUUUCUUCCCGUCUAAAUUUUCUUUUCCUUUUAGAUAGUGGCAUAGUGCUCCUAAUUAAUUACUUUGUAUCUUAAGUGUUUGGUUAUUUUGUGGUUGCUUUGUUUGGGUGGUUGGUAUAUGAAUAUGGAUCUAGCACUUUUUCUUCUUCCCUCUCUAGCCUUCUAUUUUCUUCUUCUCUUUUCUUGUAAGUUUGGUUGAUGGUGUGCUUGGUUAAGUUAUCAAUGGUUAUUUCGGGGACCUGAGUUCAAAACUGAAUGGAGGACGCAGUGUAUUAUUUAAUGCUUCAUAUUAGUUGCCAUUGCCAGGUCUCUUCAUUUUGUUAA